AUGGCUUUGAAGCGCAUCAACAAGGAAUUGCUCGACCUCGGACGCGACCCGCCGUCGUCGUGCUCUGCUGGCCCGACCGGCGAUGACUUGUUCAGGUGGCAGGCGACGAUCAUGGGUCCCGCCGACUCGCCAUACUCGGGCGGCGUCUUCUUCCUGACCAUCACUUUCCCGACCGACUACCCUUUCAAGCCUCCCAAGGUUGCCUUCACGACCAAGAUCUACCACCCCAAUAUCAACGCAAACGGCUCGAUCUGCCUCGACAUUCUGCGAGAACAGUGGUCGCCCGCACUGACCAUCUCGAAGGUCCUCCUCUCGAUCUGCUCGCUUUUGACGGACCCGAACCCCGACGACCCUCUCGUUCCCGAGAUUGCCAACCUCUACAAGACUGACAGGGCGAGGUACGAGUCGACCGCGAGGGAGUGGACUCGCAAGUACGCGACCUAA